GGGGCGACUUUCUCCUUGCCCCAUUGUCUUCGAGUGAAGGGUGACUAGGCAAUGAAGUAAUUCUCUAGGAAAGCAUGACCAAUUUCCCUUUCUCCGCCUCCCUCUUCUUCCUCCUCCCCCCGCCCUAGCCCCCAUAUAUAUAUGAAUCUUCACAAAACUGGCCUGCACACCUUUACUUUUGAAAUGACUUCCACAGCCCAGACAGGAACCUUCCACCCACAGUGACAUCCUGACUGGUGAGUGGUGAGGGUGCCUCCCAACUUCCCCCCUCGGUAGCAGGAGCCAGACACCUCCAAACAGCGAACCUCAAGCAUCGACUCCAGCCUGGAGGUUUCCUAUCGGUUUGCCAGGCUGGCGAGGCAGAGCCAAGGAGCGUUAUUUCUGGGUGUACCGGUCCUGGGCCAGAAGGCCGACCUCAGCGGCCGGUCUCCCUUCCUCCCAGCAGCAUCCUCCCGGUCCUUCGUCUGCUGCAGAUGAGCUCUCCAAUGCAGAAGACAGCCCUCCCCUGCCUGAGUCUCAUCCUGCUUAUCUGGAGCCAAGGUCCCGGAGCCCAAGGCCAAGAAUUCCAAUUUGGGCCCUGCCGUGUGGAAGGGGUAGUUUUCCAGGAACUGUGGGAGGCCUCCCGGGCCGUGAAGGACAUUGUGCAAGCUCAGGAUAACAUCAUGAGUGUCCAGCUGCUGCGAAGGGAGGUUCUGCAGAACGUCUCGGGCGCUGAGAGCUGCUACCUCCUCCGUGCCCUGCUGAACUUCUACCUGAAUACCGUGUUCAGAAACUACCACAAGAAGGCAGCUGAACUCAGGAUCCUGAAGUCAUUCUCCACCCUGGCCAACAAUUUCAUUGUCAUCCUGUCGAAACUGCAGCCCAGCGAAAAUGAGAUGUUUCCCAUCCGCGAGAGCGCACGCAGGCGGUUUCUGCUGUUCCAGGCAGCGUUUAAGCAGGAACAGAUACAUCAGCCUAAAAAUAAAUGGAGAGCAAUCACACACAAAGGAAAGGGGCCACCCAGGCCUCAGUGUUGGCUAUACAGUGAACUCAGGAGGUGGACCAGACCCACCCACACCGGGAUUCUAGGGUUCUUGUUGGCAGGGGCCACAGAUGCUUUUCCCUGGCUCCUGACUCACUGUUACCCACUGUUUUCAACCCGAAAGUGGGCAACACACAGAGACGGGGGACAAGUGAUGGGUGGCUGGACAUAGAAGCAGCGCAGACCAAAGCCUUUGGGGAAGUGGACAUUCUCCUGACGUGGAUGCAGAAAUUCUACCAGCUCUAAUUUCCCAGACAGGAACGCCCUCCUCAUUCUCCUUGUCAUUUCAAGAGUG